AUGGCAAAGUUUCUAUCAAAGGAUAAAUUAGAGGGAUUUGAAAGAUAUAAGUAUAACUCAGUGGACACGAGUAUACUUAGUAACUAUGUUAUGCAUCCCUUUUGGAACUGGUGUGUUCAGUUUUGCCCGGUGUGGGUGGCACCAAACCUGUUAACAUUCACUGGCUUCCUACUGACAGUCCUUAACUUCCUACUGUUCUCGUACUAUGAUUAUGGAUUUCAUGCCCUCACUGAAGAGAAUGUCACCAAUGAUUACAUUCCUAGUUGGGUAUGGGCCAUCGCUGCAGUCAACUUGUUUGUGGCAUAUACACUAGACGGCAUCGACGGUAAGCAGGCGCGUCGUACCGGUACAAGUGGACCGUUGGGUGAACUAUUUGACCACGGGCUCGACUCCUAUUCCGCGGUACUCAUACCCACAUACCUCUACAGUAUUUUCGGAAGGGACGAGGUAAGCCCGCUGCGGUUUUUCUUCGUGAUAUGGAAUGUUUUCAUCAAUUUCUACCUGACGCACUGGGAGAAGUACAACACGGGCGUCAUGUUCCUGCCCUGGGGCUACGACUUUACGAUGAUUGGUUCGUGCGUACUGCUUCUGGUGACGUCGGUGAUCGGGCCUCGAGCCUGGCACGUGACACUGCCCGGUGGGGUCACACCCGGCUUGCUGUUCGAGCUGGUGCUAUAUUUUUCCGCUAUGAUCACCAGUCAAACCAUCAUAUUGUGGAACAUUUACAAGUCAUACCGAGAUGGCACAGGCAAGAUGCGUCCAUUCAUGGAGGCGAUAAGACCAUUGAUACCACUUGCAGCGUUCUUCGUACUCAGCACAAUUUGGGCCAUGUACUCGCCGACGGACAUUAUCAACCGCGGACCUAGAUUGUUCUACGUGCUCACUGGAACCAUCUUCUCUAACAUCAACUGUCGCCUCAUCGUAGCCCAAAUGAGCAACACUCGAUGUGAAGCGUUCAACGGGCUGCUAGUGCCGUACUCACUAGUGAUGUUCAUAGUGUUUUACUACCGAGUAUCGCCGAUGACGGAACUAUUGCUUCUUACCAUGCUAUGUGUUGCCUGCUCAGUAUCACACAUCUACUACGGCACGAAAGUUGUACAAGAGAUGUGCGAGCAUUUCAACAUCGCAUGUUUCCGCAUCAAACCAAAGAUAAAAUAG